GUACUUGGCAGUCCCCUCUCCUCAACCACUCCCACUAUAUGUAUUCAGUACGUUCAAUUACCAGGUCAAACAAACCAUGUGUAAAGGCUUUCGUACCCUGCUCUUCCACUGUGGUUGUCGUUCGACACUGGUCACAUAAGUUUGCGCAACAUCUCGUCCAAGGCCGUCGCCAUCGCUGUUGGCGACUCGCGUCCUACUCCAUGGAAGGUCCGCCCGCCUUCAUGCCGUUGCUGAACGCACCGCCGUACGAUGUCUUUCAGACGGAGGAGCCUCCCGACCCGUGGGAUACACCGCUGUCUAUGAUCAUAAGGCGCGAUGAUCUGGACGCCCUGGCCGAGUAUCUCAGCAUGCAUCCCUACCGCCUCAAGGGCCCCGGCGCAUGCCAGGACCACCACGGCAUUUUCUUUCCCGAUGCCUUCGAGUAUGCAGCAACUUGGGGAGCUACCAAGGUCCUUCGUUCUCUUCGGCACUACGAGACUAGACAUCCUGAGCAAGACUUCCGCUGGGGCGCCAAGGAGUAUGGUUUGCUGAACCUCGCGUGUCACCACGGUCAGUUGGAGACGGUGCGAUAUCUCCUCGAUGCCUCGCACGAUGUGGCUGGCGACCUGGCGUUCCGUGAUGGCGACGGCUGGACACCGUUGCUGGCGGCUGCGGAUGCAAUGACUGAUCGAUCCAAGUAUCAGAAGUACCAUGGCGGACUUGAUGUUGCCAGCUAUACCAGCCGAUGCGAAGAGAUCAUGACACUGCUACUUGACAAAGGCGCACCCGCCGACCACGUACGGGAGCGCCAAUUCAUGCAUUAUGAUGGCCAGAUCCACGAACUCAAACGUCGGAUACGGUGGUGCGAAGACAACAUGGAUGGGGAAAUCCCUGAGAGUCCGGAGUACGAUGUGACGCCUGACGGCGAGGUCAUUACCUGCAUCACGGAUACUGUUCUAUCUCUGGCCAUGCGUAGGGCCGGCGCUGCGACGAUACAGCGCCUACUUGAUGGGGGUGCAGAUAUCCAUCUACGAUUGACGCCACCGCGGAGCGAUAAACCCCUAUAUACGCCGUUCAAUACAUGCCUUUAUACACCGUUACAUGUCGCUGCCCGUUACUUCAACGCGACGGCGAUCGGCGUCUUGUGCGACAGAUAUGGGAUCGUCGAGUUCAAGAAGAUGCUCAAAUGCCAAGACGCUUGGGGGCAUUCAACCUUGCACAUUGCAACAAGGGGAUGCGACUUUAUGCUGCCAGCAGACCAGAUUCUGCCCCAAGGCGUCGCCACCUUUUCGGCCCUGCUACGCUCUUGCAAUGCUAACGAUGUUGACACGAGAGCGCUACAAUCUGCGAUGCUCUCCGACUUUUUAAUACAUCACAAACCGACUCGACAAGCGCUGCGCGCUCGCGUAGCCAGAAUGCUAGUCGAGCAAGGCGCCAGACCCGCUUCGAAGACGUCUGACGGCGGGACCGCUCUGCACGCCCUAGCAAGACAGUUUCCCGUCACCGACGAUGACCAGUGUGCCGAGGCCGCGCUCGUCGGGUUGUUUCUGAGCCAUAGCGCAUCGAUAGACGACGCCGACAACUCGGGAAACACGGCGCUUCACGUCGCUGUGGGCACCUACCCAAAGCUCGUUGCGGCGCGGGCCCUGUUACGGCACGGCGCAAGGCCCGAUGUGCUCAACAAGGCGGGAGACACGCCGCUACACGUAGCCGCCGUCAUGACUCCUUCGUUAAGGAACGAAGAUCUGACCUUUCAACAGGCAGCAAAGAUGCAAGACGAGGUGAUGCAGCUUAUUGCGGAGGCCGCAACCAGUCAUGGUGGAAACCUCAUGGAGAUGCGAAACGCUUCAGGCAAGACCCCACCCGAGCUCAGGGACGAGUCAAGGAAGAAGGUCAAGGAAUAUCUCGCGUCACUCAUCCGUCCCCACUUUCCGUUUGGAAGAGGAGGAGGCAGAGGAAGAGGAAUAGGACCAGGGAAUGGAACAGGACCAGGAGAUGGAAUAGGACCAAGAGAUGGAAGAGAAAUAGGGAUAGGAAUAGGCAGGGGUCAAUAGGCUGUAGGCUUUAAUGGGUAGGGAUGGGGAUUGAGCAUGAUACCCUAGUCCGACGAGAAGAACAUGAUCAAGGUAUCACUCCCUGUGUUCAGCGCUGUUCGUGCAUUACAUAUAACCAUGGUCUCUUCACGGGUUUAACCUCGGACAACCACGAUGUAACAUACGUGGAUGCCUAUAUGCAAACUUGUCUCAACGGCCCAGACCGUGGUCCGAGUUUGUAAGGGGCGACGGAUCUGACCUACAGAUGCGAAAAGGCGGAUGUUAGAGGCACAGCGGCAACACCCAUUUAUAACUUUUAUGCAUUGCUACUAUAUUCGAUAGUCAAUCCGUGGGCUAAACAAGAUACAAUAGAUGAUCAUCUAGCCCUCUUAUUAGCCGACAAGUCGGCCCGGCGACCUGUAUGUGGUCGAUAUGAUUUUCAAUUGCCU